GAGGGGGGAUGGAGCGAGAGAGAAGGCAAGAGGGAGGAAGGGAGCCAGGAAGGGAGGAAGUCGGGAGCGCGCGCGUAGACGAAACCGGGAGUGCGGUCCGCCCGGCUAUAUCUGCGCCUGCGCACUGGGACUCGUGGGGCCCGACGGGACGGAGGAGACAAGAUGGCGGUGCGAGCGGUUCGGGGGAUCAUGAACGGGUCCGCGCCCGACAUGUCCAGAUCCGGCCAGGGCCGCAACUCAGGGGCCCGGGAGCAGGCGCUGGCCGUCAGCCGAGACUACCUCUCUCAACCCCGCCUCACAUACAAAACAGUAUCAGGAGUCAACGGUCCUUUGGUAAUCUUAGAUCAAGUUAAGUUUCCCAAAUUUGCUGAAAUUGUCCUCCUGACCUUACCUGAUGGGACAAAGAGAAGUGGUCAGGUUUUAGAAGUUAGUGGUAGCAAAGCAGUAGUUCAGGUUUUUGAAGGAACUUCAGGUAUAGAUGCCAAGAAGACAGCCUGUGAGUUUACAGGAGAUAUUCUUCGAACACCAGUGUCUGAAGAUAUGCUUGGUCGUGUUUUCAAUGGUUCUGGGAAACCUAUUGACAGAGGCCCAGUUGUCCUAGCCGAGGACUUUCUUGACAUUAUGGGACAGCCAAUCAACCCUCAAUGUCGAAUCUACCCUGAGGAAAUGAUUCAAACGGGCAUUUCAGCAAUAGAUGGCAUGAACAGCAUUGCUAGGGGGCAGAAAAUUCCCAUCUUUUCUGCUGCUGGCUUACCCCAUAAUGAGAUCGCAGCUCAGAUCUGUCGUCAAGCUGGUUUGGUGAAGAAAUCCAAAGAUGUGGUGGACUAUAGUGAAGAAAAUUUUGCGAUUGUGUUUGCUGCUAUGGGUGUAAACAUGGAAACUGCUCGAUUCUUCAAAACAGACUUUGAAGAAAAUGGCUCAAUGGAUAAUGUCUGUCUCUUUUUGAACUUGGCCAAUGACCCAACCAUUGAGCGUAUUAUCACUCCUCGACUGGCUCUAACAACAGCAGAAUUCCUGGCCUAUCAGUGUGAAAAGCAUGUAUUGGUCAUUCUAACAGAUAUGAGUUCUUAUGCUGAAGCUCUUCGAGAGGUUUCAGCAGCCCGAGAAGAAGUCCCUGGUCGUCGUGGCUUCCCAGGCUACAUGUAUACAGACUUAGCCACAAUAUAUGAGCGAGCUGGUCGUGUGGAAGGCAGGAAUGGCUCAAUUACUCAGAUCCCCAUCCUCACCAUGCCCAAUGAUGAUAUCACUCAUCCCAUCCCUGACCUGACUGGAUAUAUUACUGAAGGACAAAUCUAUGUGGACAGGCAGCUGCAUAACAGACAGAUUUACCCACCUAUUAAUGUGUUGCCCUCCUUGUCCCGGUUAAUGAAGUCUGCUAUUGGAGAUGGGAUGACCAGAAAAGAUCAUGCAGAUGUAUCUAACCAGCUGUAUGCAUGUUACGCUAUUGGUAAGGAUGUACAGGCCAUGAAAGCAGUUGUUGGAGAAGAAGCUCUCACCUCAGAUGAUCUCCUUUAUCUGGAAUUUUUGCAAAAGUUUGAAAGGAACUUUAUUACUCAGGGUCCUUAUGAAAACCGAACUGUCUUUGAAACUUUGGACAUUGGUUGGCAGCUCCUUCGAAUCUUCCCCAAAGAAAUGUUGAAGAGAAUCCCUCAAAGCACCCUGAGCGAAUUUUACCCUCGAGAUUCUUCAAUAAAGCACUAGCUUCUACUCUGUGAAA